CAUUGGGCGAAACGAGUGGAUGAGUGAAAUCCACUGUAACAGAGUGUUGAACUCGUCGAAAACUCCUCGCCAAUUUGCAAGUAAUAUUAUUCUUGCUAAUUUCAACGAUGAAUUGCUCAUGACUAGCACCGUUACAGGAUACACUAUUGCACGACGCGGUAAAAAAAAGAAAUGCAAUAAACUGGAUGAAAAGAAAUUGGGGGCUAAUGAAGAUGCAUACAAGCAUUGGAUAAACAACGUGUACAAAACCAAAUUUGCCGAUACUCCUGAUAAAGAUAAUUCUAUGAGAGAAAUGUCGAAAUUUUAUUAUUAUGUGGGAAAAAAACUUGCUGAUUUAAAGAAAAUAUGUGAAGAUACCGAUGAAGAUCAAUCGAUUGAUGAAGGAAGCGAGGACGUUGUUGAUGAUUCACAGAUGAAUGAUGAAAAUGCGAGGCUAAAAAAUAGUGACAAGAAAAAGAAGUAUACAAACAGAAAAACAAGAAACAGUAAAAUCACUCAAGAGACUAACGAACAAAGCGAAAAAAAUGCAAAUAUUGUUGACGAAGAUGUUCGUUUUUAUAAUUAUUCACCUCAAAUGUUUUAAUUUUCACAAUUAAAACAUUUCGGGUGAAAAA